AUGCACCGAGAAGGAAAGAUUCAAAAUGUGAGAAGCACAAUCGAUAAGCUAAUACUCAGCAAAAAUAAUUUCCUUUCCAAAUUGCUGGCAAUAAUAGACUCUAAUGAGGACGCGUAUCUUAUAAAUGAAGUGAUUCUACUUCUCCUGCUUGUGUCUGAGUACAGCUCGGAGGUUAGAAACAUCAUAACGUAUGACAGAUUUAUUGAAACCGUGAUGAGAAUAAUUCAGGAUGAGCAUGCCUACUUGUUUAAACCAAGUAGUGAGUUGUACUUUUUAUAUGAAGACAGCAACGUGGUUGUUCUGAAGAAGAAAACAAAAAUUUCUCCCCACGCGGCCUCCAACAAAGGGACUGCAAAAAGGCAAGAAAUGGAUCACACCCAAGUGGGGGUAGUGGAUAUUAGCUCAAACGAAAUGAUAGGCCUACAGGGGGAGAAAGCUCCGAACGAACAUAAUGAAAUGGAAAUAUACCUAGACAAUAUAUGCAUAAACAUAGACCUGAGGAGCAGCUUGCUCCUUUUGAAAUGUCUUAUAAUCAGCAGCGAAUUUGGCCUCAAGUACAUUUAUGAAUUGAACAUAUUCGAGCAGUUCAUCAGGCUGGUACUUAACAUGUAUAAUGUUAUUAUAUACAUUUGUAAAAAUGAUAUGAAAGAAUAUUUUUCAAAUUCUAUUUUUGUUCUGAAUAUAUUUCUAGAUGUUUUGGCUAGCUCAUGUAAAGUGGAUGGAGUGAAUAGCUGCUACACAGGUUUGUCAUGUCAAAAGUUUUUGCUCAUUUUGCAAAAGGAGAAAUUUUUCGAAAGUUCUUUUUUUUUUUUUUUUAAAUUUAUGUGUAUUUAUAUGGAGAAAUAUGCGCAUGGCGGUAGGCGAGCAGAUCAGCUUGGCCAACAUCGGCAUGAAAAUAGCUCAUAUAAUGAAGUUGGUAGUGAGGCCCAUAUGGGUGUGGAGUUCAGUCGAGUAGGUAAUGCGCCCAUACCAGGAAGUAGCAGUAGUGGCAGUGUGGGUGGCACCGUAAGCGGCGGCGCGAGCAGCGUCUUCCCUAAUAGCGACAGUGGCGGAGGACAGCUUGGAAGCAACCCUUUGGGUGCUAGUGUUGGAAGGAAUUUCGCAGGGAGCAAUCAGACAGGGAGUGGACAAGCAGGAGGUCUUCACCCCGGUAGCAGUGUGUACAGCGAAAGCGCGCAAAUUAUGCGAAUCUUCAAGAAUACCAACUUUGUUGGUAUUCUCAACAUGUGUUGCAAAUUUCUUCUCCAGGAUGAGAGCCUCUGUGUAAAGGUUCUUUUCACCCCGUUUGCUCGUACCAGUGGAGAGGAGUCAUCCAAGUCAACGCAUAUACACGACGAGGUGCACUCUUACGUGGAGAGCUCACUGAAGCAGAAGAAUUACUUCCACCUAGAACACGUGAUAACGUAUUACAUGAAACAUUUGAAGCAAAUUAAAUAUGCAGACCUUCUGCUGAUUAUGUUUUUGUAUGAUCGGAAGAAGGUUUUUUCCAACACCAUUUAUGAGUUUUUUUUAUCCUUGGGGGGGCAACACGCACAAGUGGGCAAGUACCUAAUGGAGUCUCUCUUCUCUCGGAAGACUGUCUUCAACUAUUGCGUCCUGCACAUUGCGCGCCGAGUAUCGAAGCUGCUUUUCAAAAUGAAGAAGGCCUUUCAGAGGGGGAAGAAAUUGGAAAACAGAUCAGACGUUAAAAAUAGCGACGAGUUGGUAAUUUCAGGAGAAAAUGGAAUUCCUCAACAGGAAACAUUUUUUUUAAAAUAUAUGAAUUUUUCCGAUUUGCUACUUAGGGUUUGUAACCUGGCGAGCACAAAUAACUGUCAUGAAAGGUUAUCCCCUGCUGAAGAAUUUUUACAGAGUGCACAAAUAAGCUUUGAACAGAUGAUGUACUACAAUGAACUGUUUACACAACAUUACAAUGGCAUGUGGAAGCAUCAUAUGCAGAAAGCGAAUGAACGCUUCAGUGAAAGCGUUUUAACGUUUAGGAUAAAUUCAAUUUUAUACAGAAGAAAUGUACAGGGGAAAAUGGACUCGCUUAAAUUCUUACUACCCAUGUUAAGUAAUAAAUGGGGAAGCAAAAAGAACAGCUGUCUGAUCUGCGUGUAUAUAGCUGUCUACCUAUUCAAAUCGAAAGAAGAAAAGGAAAAAAAAAAAAUUGUAAAAAUUCUUAUGCAGAAUGAUCUCUUUAACAUCAUGUAUAAUUGUUUAAAUCAUUUUUGCAAAUUCCAAUUUGAUGAAAAAUAUUUUUUUUUUGUCUCUUUUGAAAAAUCGAAAGAUCCACAUGAAAAUAUAAGAAGCAUUUGUGAUGUGAGGAGGCAGAAGUAUUUUUUCAAUUACUCAAGGGAGAUAGCAAUUUUCUGCAUUCAUUUUAUUUAUUCGAAUUUUAUUCACCACUCCAUGUUGACCUACUUCUUUGAGCAAUCCAAGGGUAGUGCAUAUCGAAAGGACCCUCCAGGUAAGAACAGAAAUGGGUACUCUGUGAAGAGGAGUCACUCCGGGGGGGAUGCCCAAUGUAUGUUGAGUGAAUCGGACGAUGGGGAAUCUUCCCAAGCUGAGCUUGACGGCGAAGGAAUCGAAUUGGAGGACUGCAGCGAGGAUGACCGUCAUGAUGAUCCUUAUAACAGGAAGAGAUUUGAAGAUUACUCACCUUAUGAGGACCACCACAAUACUCAUUCAAGCGGAGAGGAAACUACCCGCGAAGGGCACACAAGAAACAAAGCACCCCUUUUUAGCAGCAAAGGAGGGGCACAAAAGGAACAAAGUUAUCUCAAGAACAAGGCGAUGAAGAAGACCAAGGCAGGGGGGGUGACAAACAUGAGUGAGGAAAUUACCCAACUCAGAAAAAAGCUAAACGAACAAGAAGCUACACAUCUGGAGGAAAAAAUUUACUUAAAUAAAAUUAUUGAAAAAAAAAAUGACAUCAUAAAUAACAUGUUGUAUACCUACUCAAUGAUGCAGGAGAAAUACGAGCAGGUAGAAUCAGACCUGGUCAAGGUCAGAAUCGACUUAGGGUUGAAGGAGAAGGAAUAUGAAGUCGUCGCCUCCAACGACAUGGACGAUCUGAAAAAAGAACACAUCCGUGUGUUACGUGAUUACGAAAGGAUAGGCAGUGAAAAAAAAGAGUUACAAAUGCAAUUCGAAAAACUUACCGACUUGUUAAUUUUCCUUUAUGAAAAUGUGGCUGAUUGUCGCAAGUACAUGCAGAACGUGGAGGAUGUAAACGUUUUUAAAAACCCCAGGAUGGGUGCAAACCAAGGGGGAGACCCUCCUCAGCCAACCAGUGAAGUGAAUGAGGUGGGGGCUCAUGACCAUAUGAAUGCCGAGGUGAAGGCAAGCGUAGACGCCAUUGCGCAGCCGAAUGAUCAGCUAAGCAGGGGUGGGUACGAAGUGGCGAAUGGCCAAGUGUGGGGAUUGCACAGCGGGGGUUCUUAUGCGAAUGUGUAUAACCAUGCCCAGCAGAACAUGCCCCCACAGGGGUACCAGAACACUCCUUACGAGGGCAGCGCGUACGGCAAGCCGCAGCAGCAGGCCAGCACGUAUAGUUACUCCAACCAACAAAUGGAUCAGGGCGGCUCAAACAGCUACCCACAGCAGCAUGCACAUCAGGUCAGCACAUACGGCUACCCCUCCGCCGAAUCAAUGCAGCAGGCGGGUAUGUACGGCGACCCCAACUUGCAGGCCACGGGAAAAUCGAGUCAGCGGAUCUAUACUGAAGUGCAGCCUUUUCCCGGUCGGCAAUAUGAACAGCAGUACGGACAGUUAUACGAACAGGCUCCGCCGCAAAUGUACAACCAACUGUAUUUCCAAACCAACCCGAAUGUGUACCCCCACAUGUAUGCGGAAUCUACUAGACAAAACGCAAUCGGAUCAAACGCCGAACUUAACGUUCAUGUGGGUGACCAAGGACCUAACUAUGAAGGGCCCCAGGGACAGCCAAAUGAGCAAAACGGUCCAUCCGAAUUUAGGGGGCAGUGA